AUGAAGUCGAUUAUAUUCUUGCUAUCAUUAUGGAGAGGGGUCUAUUACGCCGAGGCAGCAGCAGUGUUUGCCCACUUCAUGCUAUAUAACUCCGAGAACUUCACUCUCUUCGACUGGGAAAUCAACAUAGCGCACGCCAAAAAGGCCCAUAUCGACGCCUUCGCCCUAAACAUAGCCUACAACUUCCCAACCAAUAACCGCUCCCUGACAAAUGCCUUCGCCGCCGCCAACGCUCUAGACUUCCACCUGCUCUUCUCUUUCGACUACGUCGGGAACGGCCCCUGGCCAGAAGGCGAAGUAAUCGGCCUCCUACGCCAAUACGGCAACAACACAGCCUACUACCAACACAAAGGCAAACCCUUCGUCUCAACCUUCGAAGGCUCCGAAAACGCCACAGACUGGGUCACCAUCAAAAAAUACACAGACUGCUUCUUCGUCCCCGGGUGGUCCGCCCUCGGCGCCAAAGACGCCCUAGCCGUCGCACCAGGCGUUCCAGACGGUCUCUUCUCCUGGGCCGCCUGGCCCGAAGGCCCAGACCCAAUAAACACCUACAUAGACUCCACCUACAUGCAAUGGCUGAAGGAUACCGGCGACCUGCCGUACAUGAUGCCCGUCUCGCCAUGGUUCUACACGAACCUGCCGGGGUACGGCAAGAACUGGAUCUGGAACGGAGAUAACCUCUGGUACGACCGGUGGCAGCAGGUGUUAUCGCUGAAGCCGGAGUUCGUGGAGAUCAUCUCGUGGAACGACUACGGCGAAUCGCACUAUAUCGGUCCCUUGCAUGAGGGUUCGUAUGCGACUUUCGAGAGCGGAAAUGCAAGCUACAAUUAUGCUGCGGGUCAUCCGCACGAUGCCUGGCGCGAUUUCCUGCCGUAUGUUAUUGAACAGUAUAAGAGUGGUGAGGGCAAGAUUGCCAAGGAAGGUGUUACUGUUUGGUUCCGGCAGGCACCUGGGAAGGCCUGUGUUAAUGGGGGCACGAUGGGGAAUACCGAGACUCAUGGGCAGAAAGAGUUCCCGCCGACGGAGGUGCUGAAAGAUGAUGUGUUCUAUUCGGCGCUGUUGAAGUCUGAUUCUGGUGUGGAGGUGGUGGUGGAUAUUGGAGGUACUCUGCAGGAUGGGUCGUGGAAGAAUAAACCGGAUGGUCCCAUGGGGAUUUAUCAUGGCAGCGUGCCGUUUGAUAACAGUACCGGGCAGGUUAUUGUGACUGUUUCUCGUCGGGGCAAGAUUAUUGCUGAGAUGCGUGGGGCGUCAGUUUCGGAAUCAUGUGUGGAUGAUAUCCAGAACUGGAAUGCCUGGGUUGGUUCCAACUUCGGCAAUAACACGGUUAAACAUAGUACGCGUCCGACACCGCGCCCGUUGCCUCCGGCAGCUGCCCCAGCCCCGGUCUCUGCGGCUUCGGCUUUGCUUGUGCUAGGACGGAUGCCGUUUAUGGUUGUUUUCGUGGCUUUCGUUGCCACCAUGGUUGCUGCCACGGCGACGCCGGUUGGAUAUGAGAGGAUGGCUGUGACUAUGCCGGCUGUGUUUGAGUAUUCGCCGGCGGUCCAUGCUGCUGGUGUUGAUGGUGGCAACCUCGAGAGCCUAUCUCGCUAUGGUAACAACUAUGCCUGCCCGCAGACGGAUGCUCCAGUCAUGUCUUUCGUCCCAAAUGAUGCCACGGCUGCUGUUUACGACUCAUCGUGGAAGCUCGGCUAG